ACCUGAGCGCCUGCGGGAAGAGCCUCCCUGCUGUUUGCCUGGGUCUUCGCGGGAGGCGGCUGGGCGACCGCGGUUCUCUUUCGCUGGUUUGCCCCUUAGUCUCGAUAUCUGCGUGGAGCUGCCUUUCUGAGGCUGUUCGGAUACCUCGGUGAAGUGCAGCGGGUUUCGAGUAGGUUUCUAGCACCCAAGCCCUGCCUCCUCCUGGAGAUGCACUUGUGAGUGGCAGGCUUCUUUUGAAUUAUCGCACCUCUGGAGUUGCGGAGCUUGCAUCUCUGGAUCCGCUGACGUGAAGAGCCACCGCGUUUUUAGGCGCCUAGAGGGAAGGAGCUGUAUUGGGAUUUAAGGUCUACCAUUCCUGCUGCAGAUUCCCAGGUUACAGCUCCACGGAUAGGAAUACAACUUCUCACCGAGGGACAUGGAUGAAUAUGAGGACAGCCAGUCUCCAGCGCCAAGUUAUCAGUAUCCAAAAGAAACACUGAGAAAGCGCCAGAAUUCAGUGCAGAAUUCAGGAGGAAGCGUGUCUUCUAGGUUCUCCAGGAAAAGCUUCAAGCUGGAUUACAGACUAGAGGAGGACGUGACCAAGUCAAAGAAAGGGAAAGACGGGAGAUUUGUCAACCCAUGGCCAACAUGGAAAAACAUCUCCAUCCCAAAUGUGCUCAGAUGGCUGAUAAUGGAGAAGAAUCAUAGCAGUGUUCCUGGUUCCAAAGAGGAACUUGACAAAGAGCUCCCAGUGCUUAAGCCAUAUUUUAUCAGUGACCCGGAAGACACUGGAGUGAGAGAGGCUGGCUUGCGAGUCACGUGGCUGGGACAUGCGACGCUGAUGGUGGAAAUGGAUGACCUCAUCUUCCUCACGGAUCCCAUGUUCAGCUCCCGCGCCUCUCCCUCGCAGUACGUGGGUCCGAAGCGGUUUCGCCGUCCCCCGUGUACAAUAAGCGAACUCCCCACGAUAGAUGCUGUCCUCAUCAGUCACAAUCACUACGACCACCUGGACUACGGCUCCGUCCUGGCGUUGAACGAGCGGUUCGGCAGCGAGCUGAGGUGGUUCGUGCCCUUGGGCCUUCUCGACUGGAUGCAGAAAUGUGGCUGCGAGAACGUGAUUGAGCUGGACUGGUGGGAGGAGAAUUGCGUCCCUGGUCACGACAAGGUCACCUUUGUCUUCACGCCUUCCCAGCACUGGUGUAAAAGGACCCUCCUGGACGACAACAAGGUGCUCUGGGGCAGCUGGUCCGUGCUCGGGCCUUGGAGUCGGUUCUUCUUUGCUGGGGAUACUGGGUACUGCCCCGCGUUUGAAGAGAUCGGAAAAAGGUUUGGGCCUUUUGACCUUGCGGCUAUUCCCAUCGGAGCUUAUGAGCCAAGGUGGUUUAUGAAGUACCAGCACGCAGACCCAGAAGAUGCUGUAAGGAUUCACAUUGACCUUCAGACAAAGAGAUCUGUGGCAAUUCACUGGGGGACUUUUGCCUUAGCUAAUGAGCAUUACCUAGAGCCACCAGUGAAACUGAAUGAAGCUCUAGAGAGAUACGGACUUUCUUGUGAGGAUUUCUUCAUACUGAAGCAUGGAGAGUCCCGAUACUUGAAUACCGAUGAUAGAGCUUUUGAAGAAACAUGAAACUAGGAACUUUCAGUGACAACAAGACUAAGAAAUCCACAAAUAUUAUGACACUUUUCACAUGGAAACAAUUUCUGCAAGUGUGUGUUUUGUUUUUUAUUAUAACUUGCCAAUUGAUAAGACUCACUUACAUAAAUUGUGGGAGUCUAGGGGAGGGUUAUUUAAGAAACUGUCCAAUAUACACUUUAAAAAAAUCAUACCAGUGGUACAAACAUUGCAAAAUAUUAUUUUUUAUCAAAUAUAUUUUAGUGGUAGUAAAAUUUCUGAGGUUAUGAAAAACUGACAUUGAACUUCCAUUUCUUUUUCUAUUCAGGGCUUUCUACAAAGAGUCAUGCUUACCUAUCUAUAUUACACACACACACUUUCUUAUAUUUAUGUAAUGAUAAACUUGACCUCCACAUGGUGAUUAACUGCUGGUUGUGGUGAUGCACACCUGCAAUCUAGCACUCCAAAGAAUAAGGCAGACAGGUGACAAGUUCAAGGCCAGCUAGAGCUACAAGUGAGAAAAAGAAAACAUUAGCUUACAUGCCAAAUGUUAAGUGAUUUUAUUUUGUUAACCAUAAGAACAUAGUUGUUUGGGCUAAAUUUACUGUUUUUUAAAAUGUUUUUUUUUUUAUUGUGGUCAAAUAUACAUCACAUAAAAAUUUCAUUUUAACUAUGGUGAAAAGAAGCUCUUUGGCAUCAAGUCUUUGCAUCUGUGUGCAGCCAUGAGCAUUGAGCACUUACAUUUCUGAGAGGGCAUCGACACAGCUGCAUUUCCCAGGUUCAAGGCUGAUGGGCAGAGAAGGGGAGAGAGUGGGUUUGGGACUUAGGGCAGACCUUGUCCAAGCCCAGCUCUAACUCUCCUGUGACAGGAGAGGAUGCAGAGCCUGAGGGGGAGGACGUCGCGCUCGAGGCUGCUCUCACUUUCUGCUUCCUCUGUACUCUCUCCUGCUCCCAGCCCCAAUAUGUCAGGUAGACAGAUGUACAAGUGUGUUUUACAUGACUUGGAUGUGGUAUAUAUUUUUAUAUUAAAUGACCUAUAAGCACAAUUAUACCUGUUAGUAAGCCAUUGUGAAAUACCAGUAGUUAUUAUUUUUUAACACUGUGGGCAUCUGCUGACCAGGGUUUGCCCCGUACGCCUCUGCAUUCACAGGUUUGGUGUGUACCUUAAGGAAGUGAGCUACCGGGGUCUUAGUGAAGGUACAUUCUGCUUCUGCUUUCUAGACCAACGGGACAAAACAUAGCGAGUUUUCUAUAUAUAUUAAAUAUUAUAUAAGGAGUACUCAAUAAUCUGAUGCAUUUGCAUGGGUGAUGCAUGUCACCUUGGCCUCUCAUUGGGAUUUCGUCCAUCCCAUCAUGGACUUGAUUCCCCCAAACAAGUAACUUAUGUUCAGACCCAGUAUCACCAUGUAUAAGAGGACAAUGCUAAUCUACCUCCCGAGGCAGAGAAUAAUAUUUUUUAAAGCACUUUAGAAAUCUAAGGGAGAAAAUUUAUGGCAUCACUCUGAUGUAGACAGGCACAGUAGACAGUUGAAGAGCGAUGCUUCCCAUGACACAUUGUUCCUGCCCAUAUGCCGAACUGGGGGCUGACCACCUCACCCACUUACCUUGUGACUUUAGAGGGCAAUAGCCAAUAUGAGCGACCAUCAGAAUGUAGUAUUUUUAUAUAAAUGUGUGCUGUAACACUGCAUGUAUAGUGAACAUGGCUCAGAAGCACUAACGCAUAAGAUUCCAUUUGAAGUCAGCUUGAGGAAAAUCGGGCGAGCGUCGGCUCACCACUGCAAGCGGACAUCGAUCUGGACCUUAGGGCUGUGGGUGCCAGCCUUGGGGCACACCGCUCCACCAGGUACCACUGCAGCCACUGUGUUACUGUAAGCCAUACUGAAACUCAUCUUAAGCAGCUGACACAGUAUUUCUGCACGGACGGCCUUGGCAUAGCUUUUGUGCCCACAUGUUCCAGGCUUUCCACGUGAUUUGUGGUCUGGCCCUGGGAUGAACUGGGCCUGCCUCCUGUUUUUUUUCUUUCUUUCCUUUUUUUUUUUUUUUAGGCAUCCGCAUGGUUUUCCUUUGUUUCUGUUUACAUGCAAGUUCCACUCGUGAAAUACACCAAAUUUCUCGACCACAACCACCCUAUUGAAUGGUUUUCACUUUAUUUUUCUAAUCUACAUUUCAAAGGAUGUAUGUAUAAAGUGAAAAUAAAU